AUGCAUGUUGCAAUAAUGAAAAGUCUGCGGCAUCCUAAUAUUGUUCUUUUGAUGGGUGCUGUUACUCAGCCUCCUAAUUUGGCAAUUGUUACAGAAUGCUUGUCAAGAGGCAGCUUAUAUAGGCUUUUACAUAGACCUGGUGUAAGAGAAAAUCUAGAUGAGAAGCCUUGUCUAAAUAUGGCUUUUGAUGUGGCAAAAGGAAUGAAUUAUCUUCAUAAGUGCAAUCCUCCAAUUGUUUGUCGAGAUUUGAAAUCCCCAAAUCUCUUUGUUGACAAAAAAUAUACAGUGAAAUUUGCUGCUGCUGUUGUUUUUGAGGGCGGAAGGCUCGAUAUUCCUAGUGAUGUAGAUCCACGAGUGGCUAGUGUCAUGCUGGUCGUGAGCUACAGGAUAAUUGGCACUCAUUUCUCUUCUGUAAUUGUUGGAUGGUGGAGCUAUGUGAAUUGCAAAGCUACGAAGGCAUAUCACAAGUUGGAGAGUAUGAUUCCUUCUCUACCUUUAUCAGCAAGUGUGUUUGCAAGCCAAUGA